AUGGCAGGACCUAAUGGCCAUGAAUUGGUCCGUAUUGAGACGAAUAUUCUCCCCAAAGGAAAACUAAUAGUAGUUUUCUGUGGAUUAGCAUUUGCUCUCCUCAUCACUUUUAUAGACCAAAACUCCAUUGGUAUAGCAUUACCAACAAUUGGAGCUGAUCUUAAUGCCGCAACUACAAUUUCUUGGGCUGGCACUUCAAGUUUGAUUGCCAAUACAGUUUUCCAAGUUCUUUAUGGAAGAAUAUCAGAUAUCCUGGGAAGGAAAGUGGUUUUCCUCACUGCUGUGGGAUUAUUGGCGCUAGGAGAUUUACUUUGUGGGUUCGCGCAGACGGGUCCCCAACUUUAUGUUUUUAGGGGCAUUUCUGGUGUGGGGACUGGUGGGAUCAUGGCAUUGGCUAUGAUGAUUGUAUCAGAUGUGGUUACUCUGGAGAAUCGUGGAAAGUAUCAAGGGAUCUUGGGAUCAUGUGUCGGUUUGGGUAAUACCAUUGGACCAUUCUUGGCAGCCGCUUUUGUUCAGAAUUCGACGUGGAGAGGCCUAUUUUGGUGUAUAUGCCCGCUGGCAGUGCUAUCAGGUAUUAUGGUGGCAUUCACACUCCCUCCAAGUAAAGUCCAUGGCUCUACAGCGACCAAAAUUCGAGUCAUCGAUUACCCAGGAAUCGUCCUUGUGACCGCAGCCAUUAUGCUUAUUCUGAUUCCUGUUUCGGGCGGUGGUACUUAUUUUGAAUGGUCCAGUCCCAUGGUGAUUUCCAUGCUCACACUGGGUGGUAUCUGUUUAGUUGCUUUCCUCAUUGUGGAAUGGAAGUUUGCCGUUAUGCCAAUGAUGCCUUUGAACCUUUUCAAGAACCCUGCUGUCUUCGCUAUUCUCACCCAAAACUUCCUCUUUGGUAUAGUUUAUUACUCGCACCUCUACUACCUCCCAAUAUACUACCAGAACGCACGCCAAUACUCACCUCUCAUGUCGGCCGCACUCACCAUUCCGUUCGUCGCCACUCAAUCAAGCUUCAGUAUUGUAUCCGGGCAAUAUAUUUCCAGGACUAAACGCUAUGGCGAGAUCAUCUGGAUCGGGUUCAUACUUUGGACUCUAGGAUCAGGCCUGGUUCUUCUGUUCUCUCGGGAGAUACCUAAGUGGAAGAUAGUCUUAAUCCUCUUAACCGAAGGUGCAGGUGUGGGAUUCGUCUUCCAGCCUACCCUUAUAGCAGCGCAGGCACAUUGUACCAAGCGUGAUCGAGCAGUCGUUAUCUCUACCAGAAAUUUUCUACGUGCGCUGGGUGGUGCAAUUGGUCUAGCGAUUUCCUCGGCUAUUUUCUCAAAUUCCAUAAAGUCCCGUUUGAAUACGCUAGCAACUCCUUUACCAGCAGGGUUUAAAGACACAAUUUUAGCAUCGAUAUUGAGCGUUCCGAAUUUGAAUGAAUUGACGACGGGACAGAAAAAUGAAGUAUUGGAUGCGUAUAUGGGAGCGAGUCGAAGUGUGUUUUUACUUUGGGUACCGAUUAUUGGAGUUUGUUUGUGUCUUUGCGUGUUGAUCAAAGAUAAAGGAUUGCAAAGACCGGACGAGAAACCGAUUGUUAAUGAAGAACAGCAGGAGGAGGAAAGUAGUAGGAGUGUGGCCGAGAGUGAGAUUGUGGUGGAGCAUGAGGCUGGUAGGCAGAGGGAUUUGGAGAGUGGGAAGGGCGAGAAGGUCGUAGGGCCGGAGAAACAUUAA